GGCUCGGAGAGUGUAUAAUCCCAGAGAAGCCAUAGGAUGUGGCGUUGUCACCAGGAGCCUGAGUUUCCGGGUCCCUUCCGCAGUGAGGACCAGCUGUGCAGCCGUCUGCUUCGGGAAGUGAGGUCUACGGGAACAAGGGGAAUCUUUAAGAGCUGCCUCACGCUGUGACAUGUCUGAUCCCUUGCUGCAGUCCCUACGGCAUGAACAAGGUGGACACUCGCUGACCUGUCACAAGGGUGCCCCACAAAGCUUUGGGGUCCAUGUCUGAAUGGAUUGCUGUGGCCUUCUCUUCUCUCCCUUCGCCCAGUUCCCUGCAUCCUAAGACUCAAAGCCAGCACGGGACCUGGAAAAAUUACAUGGUGUGAACGGCAUGUCUGUGGAUGAGAAGCCUGACUCCCCCAUGUAUGUGUAUGAGUCCACCGUCCACUGCACCAACAUCCUCCUGGGCCUCAAUGACCAGCGCAAAAAGGAUAUUCUCUGUGACGUGACUCUGAUCGUGGAGAGGAAGGAGUUCCGGGCCCACCGAGCUGUGCUGGCCGCAUGCAGUGAAUACUUCUGGCAGGCGCUGGUCGGACAGACAGAAAAUGACGUGGUGGUCAGCUUGCCUGAGGAGGUCACCGCCAGGGGGUUUGGGCCGCUGCUGCAGUUCGCCUACACCGCCAAGCUGUUACUCAGCAGAGAAAACAUCCGCGAGGUCAUCCGCUGUGCCGAGUUCCUGCGCAUGCACAACCUGGAGGACUCUUGCUUCAGCUUCCUGCAGACCCAGCUCCUGAACAGCGAGGAUGGCCUGUUUGUGUGCCGAAAGGACGCAGCGUGCCAGCGCCCGCGCGAGGACCACGAGAACAGCGCCGGAGAGGAAGAGGAGGAAGAGGAGGAGACGAUGGAUUCCGAGACGGCCAAGACGGCUUGCCCCAGGGACCAGAUGCUUCCAGACCCCAUCCGCUUUGAGGCCACUGCCAUCCCAGUAGCAGAGAAGGAAGAAGUUUUGCUGCCCGAGUCCGACGUGCCCGCGGACACCAAGGAGAGCUCGGCAAAGGACGCGCUAACGCAGUACCCCAGAUACAAGAAAUACCAGCUUGCAUGUACCAAGAAUGUCUAUAAUGCAUCAUCACACAGUACCUCAGGUUUUGCAAGCACAUUCAGUGAAGAUAACUCUGGCAGCAGCCUCAAGCCAGAGCUUGCCAUGGGGCAGAUUAAAAGCGAGCCGCCCAGCGAAGAGAACGAAGAAGAGAGCAUCACGCUCUGCCUGUCCGGAGAUGAGCCUGACAUCAAAGACAGAGCCGGGGACGUGGAGAUGGACCGGAAACAGCCCAGCCCCGCCUCGGCGCCCGCCCCCGCCCCCCCUGCCGGGGCCGCCUGCCUGGAGAGGUCCAGGGGCGCGUCCUCCCCCUCCUGCUUAAGGUCUCUGUUCAGCAUCACAAAAAGUGUGGAGUUGUCCGGCCUGCCCGGUACUUCUCAGCAGCACUUUGCCAGGAGUUCAGCGUGCCCUUUCGACAAGGGGAUCACUCAGGGUGACCUUAAAACUGACUAUGCCCCUUUCCCGGGGAAUUACGGACAGCCCCACGUGGGCCAGAAGGACGCAUCCAGCUUCACAAUGGGGUCGCCCCUCAAGGGGCCUGGGCUGGAGGCUCUCUGUAAACAGGAGGGAGAGCUGGACCGGAGAAGUGUGAUCUUCUCCUCCAGCGCUUGCGACCAAGUGAGCACCGCGGUGCACUCCUAUUCUGGGGUGAGCGGUUUGGACAAAGACCUCUCUGAGCCGGUGCCAAAGGGCCUGUGGGUGGGGGCUGGCCAGUCCCUCCCCAGCUCACAGACCUACUCUCACGGUGGGCUGAUGGCGGACCAUUUGCCAGGAAGGAUGCGGCCCAACACUAGCUGCCCGGUGCCAAUCAAAGUCUGCCCUCGCUCGCCGCCGUUGGAGACCAGGACUAGGACUUCCAGCUCCUGCUCCUCCUACUCCUACGCGGAGGACGGCAGCGGGGGCUCUCCCUGCAGCCUCCCUCUCUGCGAGUUCUCCUCCUCACCCUGUUCCCAGGGAGCCAGAUUCCUUGCCACAGAACAUCAGGAACCAGGCCUGAUGGGAGAUGGAAUGUACAACCAAGUCCGACCCCAGAUUAAAUGUGAGCAGUCUUACGGAACCAACUCCAGCGACGAAUCCGGAUCGUUCUCGGAAGCAGACAGUGAGUCGUGUCCUGUGCAGGACAGGGGCCAGGAGGUCAAACUUCCCUUUCCUGUAGAUCAAAUCACAGAUCUUCCAAGGAACGAUUUCCAGAUGAUGAUUAAGAUGCACAAGCUAACCUCAGAGCAGUUAGAGUUCAUUCAUGACGUCCGCCGGCGCAGCAAGAACCGCAUCGCGGCCCAGCGCUGCCGCAAGAGGAAGCUGGACUGUAUUCAGAACUUAGAAUGUGAAAUCCGCAAACUGGUGUGUGAGAAAGAGAAGCUGUUGUCAGAGAGGAAUCAGCUGAAAGCGUGCAUGGGGGAACUGCUGGACAACUUCUCCUGCCUUUCCCAGGAAGUCUGCCGAGAUAUCCAGAGUCCUGAGCAGAUCCAGGCGCUGCAUCGGUACUGCCCUGUCCUCAGACCCGUGGGUCUCCCCACAGCCUCCAGUGUUAACCCCGCGCCCCUGGGCGUGGAGCAGAACCUUGCCGCCCCACAGUGUGCGGUGGGGGAGAGCGUGCCCUGCUGCGUGGAGCAGGGCGUAGGGCCCCCCUGGGCGCCUGGCAACGCCUCCGAGAACUGUACUUCUGCUCGGAGGCUGGAGGGCACUGACCCAGGGACCUUCUCAGAGAGAGCACCGCCUCUGGAACCCAGGAGCCAAACGGUGACCGUGGACUUCUGCCAGGAAAUGACUGAUAAGUGUACAACAGAUGAACAGCCCAGGAAAGAUUACACCUAG